UUUUCUGUUCCAAUUCACUUCUCCCAUUUCUUCUUCCAUCUUCUAUCUUGUGUUUUUUUUUCCUCUGUUCCGGAAAAUCAUAUCAUAAUUUGCAACUUUUUAUUUAUUUAUUUAUUUAUUUACGGUGAUAAAUAGAAUUCAUUGCUUCCUGGAUUACCGGAACAAGGAUUUUAUUUAUUUUUCUUUCAAAAUUCUAUUGGUUUUCAAUUCUUUUCCACACAAUUUCAAUUUCAAUGGUGUUGUUUUUCACCAACCUGAACGAUUUUGUGAUCUGGGUUUUUGCUAUUCUGGGUGUUAUUGGAUGAGAGAGCAUGUUUUGUUUCAUGGGUUUUGCUGAUUUGAAUCAUCACUAUCAUCGUCAUCAUCAUUUGUCACCGGUAGCUAGAGCUUGUGAUGUUUUGAUGGAGAAUCAAAGUCGUCGUUAUCAUUAGAUUCUGCGUGUGUGAAUGAAGAUGGAGAAGUACCCGAGAGAUCUGCUUCAGAGAUUCCUCGUGUCAAGUGGUGGCAGUGAGAAGAUUGAUAACAGAACGCAGACACAGACACAGCAACAUCAUCAGGGUGAAGAAGAAGAGGAGGAAGAUGAAGGGAUUGAGCUGCACCUGGGACUCUCGUUGGGUGGAAGAUUUGGGGUGGACAAGCAUGCCAAGAACCAGCACCUUGUGCGCUCUUCCUCCGUUGUGGGGACAAUGCCUCUGCUCCGGGAGGAUUCCGUGGCGGCGUCGCCGGCGUACUCGACCCUUGUGAGAUCUUCAUCGCUGCCAUCGGAGACUGAGGAGGAGUGGAGGAAGCGGAAGAAGUUGCAGACGCUGCGGAGGAUGGAGGCUAAGAGGAGGAGGUCGGAGAAGCAGAGAGGUUCCAAGUCGGAGAGAGAUGUCGCCGGCGUGAGUUCCGGUGGUGGUGGUUUGGAGGAAGUGGAGGGUGCAGGUGCAAGUGCAAUAACAAUGGGGUUGAAUAGACUUAGUUCUUCAACGGCGACGCCACCACCGUUUGGGUUGCCGAGUUGGGGUGUGGCGGGAAAGCAAGUUGUUCUUGGUGAUGUUUUGGGGAAAGGGAAAGUUGGGGUUGGUUUUCAGGGGUUGUUUGCACAACCAUCUUCUCAGGGUUCAUCAGCGGAAUCCCAAGGGGGAAGCUCCUCAUCAGUUUCUGAAAUGGACAGCAAGCCUGUUCUAGGAUCAAGUAGUUGUGGUGAAGCAAGAAGUCCAGCUAGCACUCAAUCCUUACAGGAAAGAAGCAACCAGGAUGCUAUGCGUUCUUCCGGGCCAAAGACAGAGGAGAACAAGAUAAGAUCUUCCAGAGCUGAGGUGGAGAAUCUAUGUAAGAAACCUAAUCCUUCCCAAAACAUGGGGAGGGAUUUUGGGACAAACCCAAUGGAAGACAUGCCUUGUGUGUUUACAAAAGGGGAUGGCCCAAAUGGUAAGAGAAUUGAGGGAAUCUUAUAUAAAUAUGGGAAAGGGGAGGAAGUGAGGAUAAUGUGUGUGUGCCAUGGGAACUUUCUGUCUCCUGCAGAGUUUGUUAAGCAUGCUGGUGGUGGCGAUGUUGCUCACCCACUUAGGCAGAUUGUUGUAAACCCUUCUGGUGCUCCCUUUUUGUGAUGGAGUCCCCCCUAUUGUACUACAAUCAGUAGCGCUGUAACAUAUAGGUUUUAAUUGAAGAGAAGGAAUGUUAGUUUGAUAUCUUA